AAAUAAAUCAAUGAGCUUGGAAGAAGAUCAUAGAGAUCAUAAGGAAAACCCAAAAAAACGUUUACCUCUCAAAAUAAAAUGUGAAGAUCUUAAUCAUUAAAAUGAACUGGUUGAAUACAUAUUUCUAAAAGAAAAGAUUAAUUAGAGAACAAGACUUCUUUGUAGAAAGUGUGUUGAAACAAAGUUUAGUUAAUAGACAAACGAAAUUGCUUUAAUAGCAGAUGUAAAAUUUACUAUAUACACCAUUAUUAUAGAUCUUAGAAGAUCCUUAUAGUGUUUUAAAAUUUACAAAUUAUUAAGGAAAUGUUAAUUAAGACCUGUGUGAUUUUAUAUAUUCUUAUGACUUUAAAUUUAAUGAAGAUGCUAUCAUUUCUGUAAAAUAUAAAUUAAUAGAAAUAGUAAAUAGAUGUUAUAAGAUAAAGUUUUCUAUAUUAGUUGACUAAAUUGGAAAGAAAGUUGGUAGAAAGCUUUUAAUCAUUUAAAGAGGCUGAAAGUUCAUUAGAUGUUCUUAAAAGUAAAUUUGAACAAGUACAAACUCAUAAUUAAAUUAGUACUUCGACAAUAAAGAUCUUAUAAAAAGUUUAGAUGAUGCAGAAAAAAAAUUUGAUAGUUUUACUCCAAAAGAUAAACAAAUUUUAAGAUAGGGGGUAAAUGAAUAUGUUAAAAAAUUGCAUUUUUAUGAUUAAAAAGAAAAUCAUGAAAAAUUUUAACCUCUUUUUGAUUCUGUAAAAGCCAAUAAACAAAUUUUUGGGAAUAAGGAAAAAUAAUUUAGGUAAUUAUAAAAAAUAAAUUGAUUAGACUUUUUAAGUUUAAAUUAGACUAAGGAUUGGAAAUGUUAUAAAGAGAAAUUUAAAAUAUGGAAUAAACUUUCAGUACACAAAAAUUUAGUUCUUCUGAAUUAAGUACAAUUUAUAUGGAUUAAUUGCUUGAAAAAAUAAAUCCUGAUUUUAAGUUACAUAAUAUUAUAUAGGAUAAAAUAUAGAAAAUAUAUAAUUCAAGAUAUGAUGGAUUGGAUUCUUAGAAUGUUUAUGAAAAAAUAAUUUAAUUGGGUAGAUUAGACAUGUAGACAUUACUAUUUAUAUUUUAAACAUCUUCUUUUUAAACAUUUGGAGUAUGGGUGGAUAAAAAUUCAUCAUUAAUAUUUCAUUAAGGUAAAUAAUAGGAAUUUCAAAUAAAAAAUAAUGUAUAACCUCUUAAAAUGAAUUAUGAUAUGAAGAAUCCUGAAAGAUUAAUGACAUUUGGAAGGGAUGACAUUAUAAUAUUAUCAUCAUUUGUAGGUUGUAUCUCUAAAUUGGGAGAAGGGUUUAGUGUAACUGAUGCUUAAGAAAUAGGAGAUAAAGAAACUUAUUUGGCAAAUUAAAAGUAUUUUAAUAUAGUAAAAAUGGAAAUCUUUUAAGUUUAAAAAUGAAAUAUUCAAUAACAAAC